AUGGGCAUGUUGGUCGUGGUGGGACUAGUUUGGGGCGUGUUGCAGCGGGGAAGAGCGGGGGCAACGGGGAAGAGCGGGGGGCAGCGGGGAAGAGCGGGGGGCAACGGGCAUCGGGGGCAGCGGGGAAGAGCGGGGGGCAGUGGGGGGGCAGUGGGGAAGAGCGGGGGCAACGGGGAAGAGCGGGGGGCAAUGUGGGGUAGAGCGGGGGGCAGUGGGCUAGAGCGGGGGCAGCGGGGGCAGCGGGGAAGAGCGGGGGCAGCGGGGAAGAGCGGGGGCAGCGGGGAAGAGCGGGGGCAGCGGGGAAGCGCGGGGGGCAGCGGGCACAGCGGGAGCAGCGGGGAAGAGCGGGGGCAGCGGGGUAGAACGGCGGCAGCGGGGAAGAGCGGGGGGCAGCGGGGAACA